AUGACGCGCGAAGGCCGGUCGAGCAGGGUACAAAGGAAAAACCCAGGCUUGGUCGAGAACGUGCCAGGGCUGCAGGCUCCCGACGGCGUCCGUGCUGCGCGCGCUUCAGACCGAGGUCGCGGCGGACGGCGGAGAAAGGCGAGGCCUUGGGGCCGGAUAUGGCGAAGAACGCCUGUGCGUGCAUGUGCUCGGGCCGUGGUCAGGGCCCUCGCGUUCCCGAAGUGGCGGCGAGUGCCGAGGCAAGACUGCAGGAGGGCUGCUGCCGGCGUCAAAAACCGGGCAGGUAAGGUGAAGCUCAACGUCGUGAAGGAAAAAGGAGGCGCCUUUGGCGAGGAUGGGCUCACCACUGAGUGCGACGGAUCGAGGAAGCCGGUGCACGCGACUUGCCGAGGGCGCGGACAGACGUGGUCGUGGCUAGCCGGGGUGACGACGCGGAGGCUGGCGGCUGCGCCCAGAAGCAGAGAAGGGGCGGCUCCUCUGCGAAGCACAGAUCACGGCGCGAAGGCCGAUCUCAGUUCUCAGGCAAGGACGACAACGAAGGAAGGAAAAGGUGAGGGCUUUGGCAAGGAAGGGCUCACCGGCGGCUUCACGAUAGCGUUGGUGCGGUUCGGGCUCGCCGUCGUGACGCGCGGUGGAGGUCUCGGUGCGGGGUCCGACGAAGAAGGCCGAGCGCAGGUCGUCCGCAGCGUUGAACGUGGUGACGACGAAGGUGGCCUCCCGUGCGAGCAGGGGUGGGGUAACCGGGGAAUCCGCGACGGCAGGGCUGGGACGGCUGCGACGGGGUUGGCAUGGAGCAGGAUCGGCUUGGCGUCGCGGUCGUGGUCGUGGUCGUGGUGCUUGCUGGUGCGCCGUGGCGAUGCCGUGGUCGGCACUGUCUCGGCCUCAGGGCACCAUGGCCAUGGCGGCCUUGGACUGGGGAAGGAGGCAGAGAGCAAGGAGGGCUCUGUGGCGGCGGACAGGAGGGAGAUGGCAAGGGCAAGGGCUAGCCGGCUAGGCCUGGCUCUUAUAGCCCCGGCGCUAGGGUUCGCGAGGGCAGGGAGCGUCCAGGGGAUGGCGGAGAUCGUCGGGGUCGCGUGCUCGCAGACACGCGGCCACCAUCCGUGGCACGGGCAGGUGAGGGGGUCGGGAAGCUUCUGGAGGCCUCCAGAGGGGUCGCGGCGCUGGUCCGCGCAGUCAUGGGCUCGUCCACGAUUUGCGGAGCGGGGCGCGACUUGGCGGGGCCCGUGCUUUUGUCAGGGGCUCGGCGCUGGGCCGCUGGCGGACGGAAGGCAGGGGAGGAGCGACGGAAAAGAGGAGAGAGCGAUUCGAUGUGAGGAAGGAGGAGACGGCGUUGUCCUGACGGAGGCGACGGAAGGAAACGGAAAUAUUGGCGUCUUCGGCUGA